AAGGAGCAGCAUCACCAUGGAGAAGAUGUUGUUCGGUCUCUUGUUUCUCUCAGAGUGCUUGGUCCUCUCCACCUGCCUCGUCCGUCACUACCACUUCGUUGGUCAGAACUUGACUUGGACCGAAGCUCAGAAAUACUGCAGAGAGAAACACACGGACCUGGCCACCAUGCAGAACUCUGAGGAACAGAACCAACUCAGGAACACACUUUCAUCUGCUGGUUCCAGCUCUGACGUCUGGAUCGGUCUGAGGCAUGAAGUCGACUGGAAGUGGUCUGAUGGGUUCAGCGGUACCGGGGCUGACUACAGGGACUGGAUGAGUGGCGAACCAAACUUUUACGACACACCAGGCGUGAAGAAGACGGUGGUGAAGGUGAAAGUGAAGGUGGACGGCUCUGUGGACCUGAAGGACCCGGCGGUGCAAGAACAACUCCUGAAACAGCUCCAGGACAAACUGAAGGAGGACGGAGUGGACGGAGUCACCCUGAAGUGGAAAAAGCAGAAGGAUGGAGAAGUUUUCCACAAGGAGGACGAGUUGUGAGAUAGAAACCCAGAUCCAGUGAUGAGUGACGGAGGUUUAGUGUAGUUGGAGAUAGAAACCCAGAUCCAGUGAUGAGUGACGGAGGUUUAGGCCCAAUCCCAAUACUCCCCCUACUUUCUACCACUAGCCCUCCCUCACUACCACUAGCCCUCCCUCACUACCACUAGCCCUCCCUCACUACCACUAGCCCUCCCUCACUACCACUAGCCCUCCCUCACCACCACUAGCCCUCCCUCACUCUCACUAGCCCUCCCUCACUCUCACUAGCCCUCCCUCACUACCACUAGCCCUCCCUCACUACCACUAGCCCUCCCUCACUCUCACUAGCCCUCCCUCAGUACCACUAGCCCUCCCUCACUACCACUAGCCCUCCCUCACUCUCACUAGCCCUCCCUCACUCUCACUAGCCCUCCCUCACUACCACUAGCCCUCCCUCACUACCACUAGCCCUCCCUCACUACCACUAGCCCUCCCUCACUACCACUAGCCCUCCCUCACUACCACUAGCCCUCCCUCACUACCACUAGCCCUCCCUCAUUCUCACUAGCCCUCCCUCACUACCACUAGCCCUCACUACCAUUAGCCCUCCCUCACUCUCACUAGCCCUCCCUCACUCUCACUAGCCCUCCCUCACUACCACUAGCCCUCCCUCACUACCACUAGCCCUCCCUCACUACCACUAGCCCUCCCUCACUACCACUAGCCCUCCCUCAUUCUCACUAGCCCUCCCUCACUACCACUAGCCCUCACUACCACUAGCCCUCCCUCACUCUCACUAGCCCUCACUACCACUAGCCCUCCCUCACUACCACUAGCCCUCCCUCACUCUCACUAGCCCUCCCUCACUCUCACUAGCCCUCCCUCACUACCACUAGUCCUCCCUCACUCUCACUAGCCCUCCCUCACUCUCACUAGCCCUCCCUCACUACCACUAGUCCUCCCUCACUACCACUAGCCCUCCCUCACUACCACUAGCCCUCACUACCACUAGCCCUCCCUCACUACCACUAGCCCUCCCUCACUCUCACUAGCCCUCCCUCACUCUCACUAGCCCUCCCUCACUACCACUAGUCCUCCCUCACUACCACUAGCCCUCCCUCACUACCACUAGCCCUCCCUCACCACCACUAGCCCUCCCUCACUACCACUAGCCCUCCCUCACCACCACUAGCCCUCCCUCACUACCACUAGCCCUCCCUCACUCUCACUAGCCCUCCCUCACUCUCACUAGCCCUCCCUCACUACCACUAGUCCUCCCUCACUACCACUAGCCCUCCCUCACUCUCACUAGCCCUCCCUCACUACCACUAGCCCUCCCUCACUACCACUAGCCCUCCCUCACUACCACUAGCCCUCCCUCACCACCACUAGCCCUCCCUCACUACCACUAGCCCUCCCUCACUCUCACUAGCCCUCCCUCACUACCACUAGCCCUCCCUCACUCUCACUAGCCCUCCCUCACUACCACUAGCCCUCCUCACUACCACUAGCCCUCCCUCACUACCACUAGCCCUCCCUCACUACCACUAGCCCUCCCUCACUACCACUAGCCCUCCCUCACUACCACUAGCCCUCCCUCACUCUCACUAGCCCUCCCUCACUACCACUAGCCCUCCCUCACUACCACUAGCCCUCCCUCACUCUCACUAGCCCUCCCUCACUACCACUAGCCCUCCCUCACAACCACUAGCCCUCCCUCACUACCACUAGCCCUCCCUCACUACCACUAGCCCUCCCUCACUACCACUAGCCCUCCCUCACUCUCACUAGCCCUCCCUCACCACCACUAGCCCUCACUACCACUAGCCCUCCCUCACUCUCACUAGCCCUCCUCACUACCACUAGCCCUCCCUCACUACCACUAGCCCUCCCUCACUACCACUAGCCCUCCCUCACAACCACUAGCCCUCCCUCACUACCACUAGCCCUCCCUCACUACCACUAGCCCUCCCUCACUACCACUAGCCCUCCCUCACUCUCACUAGCCCUCCCUCACCACCACUAGCCCUCCUCACUACCACUAGCCCUCCCUCACUACCACUAGCCCUCCCUCACUACCACUAGCCCUCCCUCACCACCACUAGCCCUCCCUCAUUACCACUAGCCCUCACUACCACUAGCCCUCCCUCACUCUCACUAGCCCUCCUCACUACCACUAGCCCUCCCUCACUCUCACUAGCCCUCCCUCACUACCACUAGCCCUCCCUCACUACCACUAGCCCUCACUACCACUAGCCCUCCCUCACUCUCACUAGCCCUCCUCACUACCACUAGCCCUCCCUCACUACCACUAGCCCUCCCUCACUCUCACUAGCCCUCCCUCACUACCACUAGACCUCCCUCACUCUCACUAGCCCUCCCUCACUACCACUAGCCCUCCCUCACUCUCACUAGCCCUCCCUCACUACCACUAGCCCUCCCUCACUCUCACUAGCCCUCCCUCACUACCACUAGCCCUCCCUCACUACCACUAGCCCUCCCUCACCACCACUAGCCCUCCCUCACUACCACUAGCCCUCCCUCACCACCACUAGCCCUCCCUCACUACCACUAGCCCUCCCUCACUACCACUAGCCCUCCCUCACCACCACUAGCCCUCCCUCACUCUCACUAGCCCUCCCUCACUACCACUAGCCCUCCCUCACUACCACUAGCCCUCCCUCACUACCACUAGCCCUCCCUCACUACCACUAGCCCUCCCUCACUCUCACUAGCCCUCCCUCACUACCACUAGCCCUCCCUCACUACCACUAGCCCUCCCUCACUACCACUAGCCCUCCCUCACUACCACUAGCCCUCCCUCACUCUCACUAGCCCUCCCUCACCACCACUAGCCCUCCUCACUACCACUAGCCCUCCCUCACUACCACUAGCCCUCCCUCACUACCACUAGCCCUCCCUCACCACCACUAGCCCUCCCUCACUACCACUAGCCCUCCCUCACUACCACUAGCCCUCCCUCACUACCACUAGCCCUCCCUCACUACCACUAGCCCUCCCUCACUACCACUAGCCCUCCCUCACUCUCACUAGCCCUCCUCACUACCACUAGCCCUCCCUCACUACCACUAGCCCUCCCUCACUCUCACUAGCCCUCCCUCACUACCACUAGCCCUCCCUCACUCUCACUAGCCCUCCCUCACUACCACUAGCCCU